CCAUCCCCACUUCUUCAUUUAUAUAUAUCCCCACUCCCUCCCCUUCUCCUUCAUUCCAUUACCACCACCACGGUCGCCGCCGCCGACCUAACACCAUGAUGCUGUCUCUUAGAUUUCUUUUAUUACUUGGCAUGAUGCUCAAUUAUAUGUGUCUUCUUGUUACUGCAUAUAUGUUAGAUGCAGGUGGUUGUUUCAAUAUAGAGUGUCAGACUUUGAAUACUAAAGCUCAGUAUUCAAAGUUCAACCCUAAGCUUCCUCCACCAGCGCUCUUUUCCUCAAAGCGCUACGAGGGCUCCUCCGACCUCGUCCGCCUCCGGUACCACAUGGGUCCGGUUCUCUCCUCUCCGAUUAACGUUUACCUGAUCUGGUACGGCAAAUGGGCUCAGCCUCAGAAGCUUCUCAUUAAAGAUUUUCUUCUUUCUAUCUCUACUCCUAACGCGCCGUCGCCUUCCGUCGCUGACUGGUGGCGCACUGUGUCGCUGUACACUGACCAGACUGGGGCCAAUAUCUCUCGGACGCUCACCAUUGCUGGGGAGUACUCCGAUCUGAAGUACUCCCAUGGGAAUCAGCUCACGCGGCUGUCUGUUCAGCAAGUUAUCGCCUCUGCCGUCCGAUCUGCUCCGUUCCCCGUCGAUCACCGGAAGGGGAUCUACCUUGUUUUAACUUCGCAGGAUGUGAUGAUGCAGGAUUUCUGCCGCGCCGUUUGUGGAUUCCAUUACUUCACUUUCCCGUCCGUGGUGGGAUACACUCUUCCCUAUGCUUGGGUUGGGAAUUCCGGCAAGCAGUGCCCGGAGGUUUGCGCGUACCCCUUCGCGAUCCCUGGGUACAUGGCCGGCGGAGGACCUGGAGCUUUGACGCCGCCGAACAGUGAUGUCGGCGUUGACGGGAUGGUCAGCGUGAUUGGGCAUGAAUUGGCUGAGCUUUCAUCAAAUCCGUUGGUGAAUGCGUGGUACGCCGGCGAGGACCCGACUGCUCCGACGGAGAUCGGGGAUUUGUGCGAGGGGUUGUACGGUACCGGAGGUGGUGGAGGGUACAUUGGGCAAGUAACGAAGGACGGGAAGGGAAGAACGUUCAAUUUGAACGGAAGAAACGGAAGGAAGUUCUUGGUGCAAUGGAUAUGGAGUCCAGUGUUGAAAGCUUGUGCUGGUCCUAAUGCCAUGGACUAGAUUUAAAUUUCUCGUUCGCUGCUGUACUUUUUUUUCUUUUUUUUUUAUUUUUAGAUUUUCAUGUGGUUGAUUUGUCAAGUCUCAGUUCUCGUGAGAUUAUGUAUCAGUGGCGACGGCGGAGGAGGGGACGGAGAUGGCGGCGAUGGCCGUGGGAGGGGACGAGCGGUGGUGAGUAACAGUGAGAGUGGAAAAGCAGUAAUACAGAUAGAUAUUUUUUUUUACUGUUGUAGCCUUAUGGAUAAUAUGAUGUAAUGAUAUUUAUUUUAUUUUUUUUUAA